AUGGUCGACAAUGUGGACGAUCCAGAAGGGUAUUAUCGGAUCACUCCUGGAGAGAUUUUGGAUGAUGGAAGAUAUCAAGUCACGAUCAAUCUGGGUAAAGGCAUGUUCUCGAGCGUGGUCAAGGCCAAGGUGCUCAAGGCUGUGGAUCAGGAGCGACGGCAGGAUGUGGUCGGGAGAGAAGUGGCCAUCAAGGUCAUUCGCAGUCAAGAAAGCAUGUACGUGGCGGGCCGGAAAGAAGCUCAGAUAUUGAAGAGACUGAACGAUGCGGACCCGGAGGAUCGAAAGCAUCUGUUGCGACUGGAAAGAACAUUUGAACACCGAGGUCAUCUUUGCAUCGUGACGGAAAGCUUGAGUAUGAACCUUCGCGAUGUCAUCAAGCGGUUUGGCAAAGAUGUUGGGUUGAACAUGCGAGCUGUUCGCGCCUACGCACACCAGAUGCUCCUCGCACUCUCCCUCAUGCGAAAAUGCAACAUUGUGCAUGCCGACAUCAAGCCUGACAAUAUCUUGGUUACUGAGAACAAGGCUUCUUUGAAAGUCUGUGAUUUAGGAAGUGCGUCAGACGUUGUGGAUGGCGAAAUAACUCCAUAUCUCGUAUCACGCUUCUACCGUGCUCCUGAGAUCAUCCUUGGAUUAUCAUACGAUACGGCUAUCGACAUGUGGUCUGUCGGUUGCACAUUGUAUGAGCUCUACACUGGCAAGAUUCUGUUCCCCGGUCGAUCAAAUAAUCACAUGUUGCUCCUUAUGAUGGAGGUGAAGGGCAAGUUCAACCAUCGGAUGAUCAAAAAAGCGACAUUUGGGGAGAUGCAUUUCGACGAAGGAUUGAAUUUUAUAUCGAUAGAGAAGGACAAGAUUACCGGGCAAGACGUUGCGAAAACCCUCGUGUUGUCCAAAGCCACGAAAGACCUACGUUCUAGACUCUUGCCUCCCUCAUCGGUUCAGGUGAAAAUGAGGGACGAGGAAUUACGAAUGAUACAAAAUCUCAUCGAUCUGUUGGACAAAUGUUUGCAAUUAGAUCCAUCUAGAAGGAUCACUCCACGGGACGCUCUCUUACAUCCUUUUGUAGCUGGCUAG